AUGCUGCUAGAACUCACCCAGUUCAAAGAGCAGAACGCCAUCAAGACAUUGCUUGAUGGACCUGUCACCUGUUACUGCAGGGAAGACUUCCAGGAAGAGGCAGGUAACAGGGACCCUCAGCAGAACCCUGCACCACAGCAAGACAGCAAGCUCCCUCAGCUGCCGCCCACUACAAGUGCUCAGGACCUCUGCUCCUCGGAGGCGGGAAAAUCACAGCAGUGCCCUCUGGCUGCUGCUCCUCAGGUCUGCAACCUCCGCACAAACACCAAGCAAGUUGGGCUAAGGAGGAGUGUGCUGUUGCAGGAAAUGUUGACCUUCUGGGAUGUGUUUGUGGACUUCACCCUGGAGGAGUGGCAGCAGCUGGACGCCACUCAGAAGAACCUCUGCAAGGAUGUCAUGCUGGAGAACUACAGCCACCUUGUCUCCGUGGGAUUCCUCGUGGCCCAACCAGGUAGGACCUUCAGGUUGGGACAAGGAGAAGAGGAGGCCAGGAUGGCAGCUGGAGAAAGCCCAACACGGAGGUGUCCAGAAUUCUGGCAAGUUGGUGACCCAAUAGAUAAUCAUAAGGAAAGCCAAGACAAACCUCUGUGGCAAGCUGCAUCCCUUGAUAAGGAAACACUGAAGGAUGGAAGUGGCCCAAAAUUCAGAACAUACAGAAAAAUCAUUUAUCCAAGCACAAACUUUGUUUCUAUAAGACAAAGACUCCCUAAAUAUGAUUCAUGGGGAAAGUGUUCAAAACAUAAUUUAAAUUUUCUUAGUCAAAGUAGAAGCUAUGUAAGAAAGAAAGAUGAUGAAUGUAAGGCAUAUUGGAAAUUAUGCUUCCAUUCUAAUCUUGAUAAAGCUCAACCUGGAGAGAAAUUCUUUGAGCUUAAUGAACAUGGAAAAGCCUUCCACCAUAAGCAAUCCCUUAAUAAAAGUCCAAGAAUUCAAACUGGGGAGAAAUUCUAUAAAUGUUCUGAAUGUGGAAAAGUAUUUAUCCAGAAAGCAAACCUUGUUGUACAUCAGAGAACUCACACCGGAGAGAAACCUUAUGAAUGCUGUGAAUGUGCAAAAACCUUCAGCCAAAAGUCAACCCUCAUUGCACACCAGAGAACUCAUACAGGGGAGAAGCCGUAUGAAUGCAGUGAAUGUGGGAAAACAUUUAUCCAGAAGUCAACUCUGAUUAAACAUCAGCGAACUCAUACAGGAGAGAAACCAUUUGUAUGUGGUGAAUGUGCAAAAGCUUUUAAGAGUUCAUAUCACCUUAUUAGACAUGAAAAAACACACAUUAGACAAGCAUUUUAUGAAGCUAUCAAAUGUGGUAAGUCCAGCCUUACACAUCAAAGGACUCAUACAGGUGAGAAACCUGAGUGCAAUAAACAUGGGAAAGCCUUUGAUGAGACGCCCACCCCCAUUAAACAUCAAGGAACUCAUACAAAAGAGAAACCUUAUGAGUGCAGUAAAUGCGGAAAAGGCUUCAGGGGAAAGUCACACCUUUCUGUUCAUCAGAGAGUUCAUACAGGAGAGAAACCCUAUGAAUGCAGCAUAUGUGGGAAGACUUUCAGUGGAAAAUCACACCUCUCUGUCCAUCAGAGAACUCAUACAGGAGAGAAACCUUAUGAAUGCAGAAGAUGUGGGAAAGCAUUUGGUGAGAAGUCAACCCUUAUUGUACAUCAGAGAACUCAUACAGGAGAAAAACCCUAUAAAUGCAACGAAUGUGGGAAAGCCUUCAGUGAAAAGUCACCACUGACUAAACAUCAGAGAAUUCAUACAGGAGAGAGACCCUAUGAAUGCAGUGACUGUAGGAAAGCAUUCAGUAGGAAAUCAACUCUCAUUAAACAUCAGAGAAUUCAUACAGGAGAAAAACCCUAUGAAUGUAGUGAAUGUGGCAAAGCCUUCAGUGUGAAAUCAACUCUCAUUGUACAUCACAGAACUCAUACAGGAGAGAAACCUUAUGAAUGCAGAGAAUGUGGCAAAGCCUUCAGUGGGAAGUCAACACUCAUUAAACAUCAGAAAAGUCAUACAGGAGAGAAAACCUAUUAA